ACGCUUUGAUCAGCGCUCGGUACUGGCCACGUACUCCACGCAAGAUGCGCCUUAGCAUCUUCCUUGCCGUUGUGUUCCUGGGCAUUCUACACCGGGCCUCGUCGGUCCCACGCGGUGUAUUGCCCCCAAGUGCGUACGCUGUGAGACACAACCUUUCCCCCCAGGUUCCUAAGGCACCAGCCAAAGAAUGCCAAAACGCUUCUUCGUCGGGCAGUCAGAAAUGUGGAACCAAGACGGUGACGCACGAGAAGACCGUGAUCACCAUCGAGAGGACAGUGGAAACCGAAAUAAUGAAUGGCGGUAAAGCUCAAGAAUGUAAAGGUUGCCCCGACAUUGGCACAACGACGAAAGCUCCUGUUACAACACCUCGGACUACUCCGGCGCCUUGCACGUCGACGACGCCUCAGACAACGACCGUUCCAACUACACCUGCUACGACCACAACUAAGGCGCCUAUCACUUCAACAACGACGCCUCGGACAACGACCGUUCCAAUCACAUCUCCUACGACCACUACUACGGCGUCUACGACUUCACCAACGACGCCUCAGACAACGACCGUUCCAACCACAUCUCCUACGACCACUACUACGGCGUCUACGACUUCACCAACGACGCCUCAGACAACGACCGUUCCAACCACAUCUCCUACGACCACUACUACGGCGUCUACGACUUCACCAACGACGCCUCAGACAACGACCGUUCCAAUCACACCUCCUACGACCAGCACUACUACCCCCCGCAGGUGCAACCCCGUCAACUGCAAGCUUCCCGACUGCAUGUGCGAGACCACGAAACAUCCGGUAGACGACAUACCCCAGUUCGUGAUGCUGACCUUCGACGACGCAGUCAACCAGGAAAACAUGAAAUUCUACCAGGAGCUUCUUGCAGAUCCUAAGCGCAAGAACAAGGUCGGCGGAUGCCGCAUCGCGGCCACUUUCUUUGCCUCGGGAGACUACCUUGACUACCCGUCCGUGAACGAGCUCCACAGGAUGGGCAACGAAAUUGCACUACACUCCAUCAGUCAUCAGACAGAUAACGGUAAAAGCUACUGGAAUGGCCUGGACACGGAGAAAUGGGAGCGCGAGGUCGUCGACGAGAGGAAGAUGGUAGCGAAGUACGCCAACGUUUCCGAAGACGACAUCAGGGGUCUCCGGGGUCCCUUCCUCUUCACCGGGGGCGAUGCCGGUUUCCGGAUGCUGCACCGUCACUUCGACUACGACUGCACGCUGAUCCACAAGCGGGACGGCCCAUACGACGCCCCGGUCUUUCCGUACACGCUCGACUACGGCUUCCAGAAGCCUUGCAUGGUGAAGGAGUGUCCCAACGACAGCUAUCCCGGCCUCUGGACCGUGCCCCUGAACUACUUGUUCAGAAAAUAUCAGGAGGGAGGAGUCGAUAAAUACGGGCACUGUUCGAUGGCGGACGCCUGCCAACCGGAACUGAAAACUUCCAGUGAGACAUUUGAGUACCUAAGGUAA